GUAAAACGUAAAAUCUUUACUAAUUGUAAUAGGCUUUCCUUCUUGCAUUUUAGUCUGAAAACUGGAUUCUUGAAGUGGAAACCAGACUAUGACAGUGCAGCUACCGAAUAUGGGAAGGCAGCUGUUGCUUUUAAGAAUGCCAAGCAGUUUGACCAGGCAAGGGAAGCCUGUUUACGGGAAGCUGAGGCACACGAAAACAAUAAAGCUCUCUUCCAUGCUGCCAAAGCUUAUGAACAAGCUGGCAUGAUGCUAAAGGAGAUGCAGAGACUCCCUGAAGCAGUUCAGCUGAUUGAGAAAGCCAGUAUGAUGUACCUGGAGAACGGGACACCAGAUACAGCAGCAAUUGCGCUGGAACGGGCUGGAAAGUUAAUAGAAAACGUGAGUCCAGAGAAGGCUGUGCAGCUCUAUCAGCAGGCAGCAUCAGUGUUUGAAAAUGAAGAACGCUUACGGCAAGCUUUAGAAAUGCUAGGAAAGGCAUCAAGACUUCUAGUCAGAGGACGCAGAUUAGAUGAGGCUGCAUUAUCUCUUCAAAAAGAAAAAAGUAUUUAUAAAGAAAUCGAAAAUUACCCAACAUGCUAUAAGAAAACUAUUGCUCAAGUCUUAGUUCAUCUUCACAGAAAUGAUUAUGUCGCUGCAGAAAGAUGUGUGAGGGAAAGCUAUAGUAUACCAGGAUUUAAUGGAAGUGAAGACUGUGCAGCACUAGAGCAACUUUUAGAGGGUUAUGACCAGCAAGAUCAGGAUCAAGUUUCUGAAGUCUGUAAUUUGCCACUCUUCAAAUACAUGGACAAUGAUUAUGCCAAGCUUGGUCUUACCUUGGUGGUCCCAGGAGGUGGAAUCAAGAAGAAAUCGCCAAAUGCUGCACAAGACAAAGCAAGAGGACCAGCUGCAGUGGGCUCUCAUGCUGAUGAAGAAGAGGAUGAAUAUUCUGGUGGACUAUGCUAGCUACUACAUAGGUAGUCUUAAAUAUCAGACUUAUUUGUGAUGUUGAGAAUAUCCAAAGGUACCAGAUUUAUCAGAGCUUCAUUGCAAUUGUGAUAUGGGAAUGCUAAUAUUAACUUGGCAGCUUCUGGGUGCACUACAGGAGAAAAAGCAUGAUUGUACCUAUCAUCAUGAAACAUCUUUGGACUUUAUUUCUUACCUGGUAGCUUCUUCAGGGCUCUGUC